AUGUUUACGAAGGUUACUGUCAUUAUACCAUUAUCAUGUACAUGUAGUGCCGGUUUUAUUGGUAGUCAUUUAGUUGAUAAAUUGUUAGAACGUAGUUUGGGUAAAGUAAUUAUUAUCGAUAAUUUUAAUGAUUAUUAUUCACCAGCAACAAAACAUCGAAAUAUUUCUUUAUUGAAACAUCGUUAUGCGCAAAAAGUUUAUGAGAAUGAUUUUAUAACAAUCAAUGGAAGUAUCGGUGAUACAGAACUAUUAAAACAAAUAUUUCAAAAAUAUUCUAUCACACAUAUCGCACAUUUAGCUGCUAUGGCUGGUGUUCGCUCCUCGAUGCAACAAACUCGUACAUAUAUUGAUGCCAAUUUUGUUGGUACACAAAAUUUAUUACAAUUAGCAGUUGAAUAUAAAGUCGAAUUAUUUGUCUUUGCUUCUACAUCCUCAGUGUACGGUCAAACUGACAAUGUACCAUUUAUUGAAACCGAUGCGUGUGAUCGUCCACUAUCUGCCUAUUCUGCUUCCAAACGAUCGGCUGAACUUCUUGCACAUGUUUACUACAAUUUGUAUGGUCUGAAUAUUUCUAUAUUACGUUUAUUCAAUGUUUAUGGACCACGUGGAAGACCGGAUAUGAUGCCCUAUAAAUUGAUGAAAGCAUGUUAUGAACAACAGCAUAUCAUAGACGUUUAUGAUCACGGAAAAAUGAAAAGAGAUUGGACAUAUAUUGAUGAUGUUGUGGAUGGAUUAAUUAGCAGUUUGGCUCGUCCAUUAGGUUAUGAAAUACUAAAUAUCGGUUAUGGUCAACCACUUGAAUUAAAUGAGUUUAUUAAACAUAUUGAAACACUAUCGGGAAAAACAAUUCAAAAACGUUUCCAAAAAUCGACACCAAGUGAACCGUCUAUUACCUAUUGUGAUAAUACAAAAGCAAAAAAACUUUUAGAUUUUAAUCCAAAAACUAACAUAAAAGAUGGUCUUGCUAAAAUGUGGAAAUGGUUUCAAGAAGAGUAUGAAAAUGGAGGAGUAAAAACAUUCGAAUCCAAUAAAGGCUAA